UUCAGUCUGCUGCCAGAUCUUCUACGCGUUGGAGUCGCCGCGAGUGCCAUAUAAUUUUUGCUUUGACCGCGAAAAAUUCUGGGCUAAACAAAAUAUUUGUGUAUAUACAUAUACGUAUCCCACAUUUUAGCCAUUUGUGAGUGCAAGAAACUGUGAGUGAUGGUGGAAACGGAGACGACAACCACCAUAACGCGCACCACCACUGCCGUUCCGGCUGGUUCAGUAACGGUAACCGGACCCACCGCCUCGGCCACGCCCACCGCGACUCAGGCGGCUGCGCAGGCGCACCGCAAUGAUGAGACCACCCGGGCCAUCUUCAAUCUGAAAGUCAUCAUCUUCCUGCUCCUGCUGCCUCUGGUUUUGCUGGCCGUCUUCCUGAAGCACCUGUUGGAUUACCUAUUUGCCUUGGGACUCAAGGAGAAGGAUGUCAGUGGAAAAGUGGCGCUGGUGACCGGAGGAGGCAGCGGCCUGGGUCGCGAGAUAUGUCUGGAGCUGGCCCGUCGUGGCUGCAAGCUGGCCGUCGUGGAUGUCAACUCCAAGGGAUGUUACGAAACGGUGGAGUUGUUAUCCAAGAUCCCACGGUGCGUGGCAAAGGCGUAUAAGAACGAUGUCUCCUCGCCUCGCGAACUGCAGCUAAUGGCCGCCAAGGUGGAAAAGGAACUGGGUCCCGUAGAUAUUCUGGUUAACAACGCCUCCCUUAUGCCAAUGACCUCGACACCCACCUUAAAAAGCGAUGAGAUCGACACCAUCCUGCAGCUCAACCUGGGAUCCUACAUUAUGACCACCAAGGAGUUCCUGCCCAAGAUGAUAACCCGCAAAUCAGGUCACCUGGUGGCAGUGAAUGCCCUGGCGGGUCUAGUUCCUCUGCCUGGAGCUGGUAUCUACACGGCCACCAAAUACGGAAUCGAGGGCUUCAUGGAGUCACUGCGGGCUGAACUGCGAUUGUCCGACUGCGACUACGUUCGCACCACGGUGGCCAAUGCCUAUCUGAUGCGAACCAGCGGGGAUCUGCCGCUGCUCAGCGAUGCGGGAAUCGCGAAAAGUUAUCCCGGACUGCCCACGCCAUAUGUGGCCGAGAAGAUUGUCAAGGGAGUGCUUCUGAACGAGCGCAUGGUGUACGUGCCAAAAAUAUUCGCACUCAGUGUAUGGCUGCUCAGACUGCUGCCCACCAAGUGGCAGGAUUACAUGCUGCUCCGCUUCUACCACUUCGAUGUGCGCAGCUCCCACCUGUUUUACUGGAAGUAGGAAAAUCAUCGGGCGAAAAAGGAGUUCCCCCACCCAGCAUACAGCAUUUAAGCGGCGAGCUCUUGUUUGUUUCCCAUUUGCAGUUCUUAAUUCGACUGUUGCUUACGCUAGGUGUACAUGUUUAGCUAUUUAUACGAAACUUUAACUUAAAUUAAAUCUAUAUCCUAACAUUA